AGGCUCGCCCAAUGACGGGCCAGGCCGGUGGCAGGAGGCCCCGCCCACACAGCCCCUCGCGGCGGGCCCCGCCCCUGCCCCGCGCCCGGAGCCGAGGAGAGUAAAUACAACAGGAGCGCAAAAUGGCGGAACCGCCGAGCCCAGCGCACGGCGCUGCCGCUGCCGCUGCCGCCGCCGCCGCCACCGCCGCCGCCGUCCCCCCCGUCUCGGGGAAAGAACCGUUUGGCAAGCUGCAGACCGCCUGCCGGGACCCGCCGGGCCCCCUGUCCGCCAAGAAGGUCCGGACCGAGGAGAAGAAGGCGCCGCGGAGACUGAACGGAGAAGGGGGCAGCGGCGGCGGGAACGGCAGGCAGCAGCUGCAGCCGCCGGUGGCGGCUCCUCCGCCUCAGAGCUACGGCAGCCCCGCGCCGUGGAGCUUCGCCGCUCUGGCCGCCGCCGCCGCGCCCUCCCCGUCCGCCGCUCGCAACAGUUUCCCUUUCUCCGCCGGCUCGGCCGUCCCGUCCGCAGCCUCCGCUUCCUCGUCUCAGCCGGCGCCGCGCAAACUGCUGGUGCCCCCGGCGCCGCCCCCGCCGGCCGCCGCCGCCGCCAAGCCGCGCCGGACCAAGGAGAAGCGGGAGAAGGAGAGGCGGCGGCACGGCCUCGGCGGGGCGGGCGAGGCCUGCGGGGCCGCCCGGGAGGAGAACGGGGAGGUGAAGCUGCUGCCGCCGCGAGAUAAAAUCAAAGACAAAAUUAAAGAGAGAGAUAAGGAAAAAGAGAGGGAAAAAAAGAAGCAUAAAAUAAUGAAUGAGAUCAAGAAAGAAAAUGGAGAAGUAAAGAUGUUGCUGAAAAGUGGGAAGGAGAAACCAAAAACAAAUGUAGAAGACUUACAAAUUAAAAAGGUAAAGAAGAAAAAGAAAAAGAAACACAAAGAGAAUGAAAAACGGAAGCAUCCAAAAAUGUAUAGCAAAUCUAUUCAAACCAUCUGCUCAGGAUUGCUAUCUGAUGUUGAAGAUCAAGAAGCCAAAGGCAUCCUAAAUGAUAACAUAAAGGAUUAUGGUGGAAAGAAUUUGGAUACCAAGAACCACAGCUCCAAACUUACAGAGAACAGUGAGCUUCCAUUUGUCUCAUUAAAGGAGCCACGGGUUCAGAAUAAUCUCAGAAGGUUGGACACUUUGGAGUUCAGACAACUGAUUCAUAUUGAGCACCAGCCUAAUGGAGGUGCAUCAGUUAUCCAUGCCUACAGUAAUGAACUCACUCACCUGUCUCCUGUGGAGAUGGAGAGGUUUGCAGAAGAGUUUGUGGGUCUAGUAUUCAGUGAAAAUGAAAACUCUGCAGCUUUCUAUGUAAUGGGCAUUGUUCAUGGGGCAGCUGCUUAUUUACCUGACUUUUUAGACUACUUUUCAUUUAAUUUUCCCAAUUCACCAGUGAAAAUGGAGAUUUUGGGAAAGAAGGAUAUAGAGACAACAACUAUGUCCAAUUUUCAUGCUCAGGUAAAAAGAACGUAUUCUCAUGGUACUUACAGAGCUGGCCCAAUGCGACAAAUCAGUUUGGUAGGAGCCGUUGAUGAAGAAGUGGGAGAUUAUUUCCCUGAGUUCCUUGAUAUGUUGGAAGAUUCACCGUUUUUAAAGUGUACACUGCCAUGGGGGACACUAUCUAGUCUAAAAUUAGAGAGUCGAAAAGAUAGUGAUGAUGGUCCUAUCAUGUGGGUACGCCCAGGAGAACAAAUGAUCCCUGUGGCUGAUAUGCCAAAGUCACCUUUCAAAAGGAAAAGAACUACCAAUGAAAUAAAAAACCUGCAGUACCUACCUCGAACUAGUGAGCCCCGGGAGAUGCUCUUUGAAGACAGGACAAGAGCUCAUGCAGAUCAUAUAGGACAAGGUUUUGAACGAAAGACUACAGCUGCAGUUGGAGUGUUGAAGGCUGUGCACUGUGGAGAGUGGCUUAAUCAACCCAGAAUAACCAAAGAUGUCAUUUGUUUUCAUGCUGAAGAUUUCUUAGAAGUAGUUCAACGAAUGCAGCUAGAUUUACAUGAACCUCCAUUAUCCCAGUGUGUCCAGUGGGUUGAUGAUGCAAAACUUAAUCAACUGAGGAGAGAAGGCAUUCGAUAUGCCAGGAUUCAGCUGUAUGAUAAUGACAUUUAUUUUAUUCCAAGGAAUGUUGUUCAUCAGUUCAAGACAGUUUCAGCUGUAUGUAGUUUAGCCUGGCACGUUCGGCUCAAGUUAUAUCACUCAGAGGCGGACACUGCUCACAAUACAGAUACUCAUGAAACGGGCACAUCACCAGGUUCUACAUCAUCAGUUCUUGGACCUCACAGUGAUAAUAGGAUUUGUGCUGUAAGCAAAACCUCUUUGGAUUCUAUUUUUUCAGACACACUUCAUUCUAAAUAUGAAGCACAGCAGAUUAAACAUGAACCUGUUGCAUCUGUAAGAAUCAAUGAAAAAUCUGUGAAUGUUUAUGUUUCUGAAGAAACUAGAACACCGAAUAAUAUGGAUGGCAAGAAUGUUAAAGCAAAAUUGGAUCAUGUUCAAUUUACAGAAUUUAAGAUUGAAGUGGACUCCAAAUUUGAAAAUAGCAACAAAGAUUUAAAGGAGGAAUUGUGCCCUGAAAAUCUCUUAAGUCUAGUUCAUACAAGGCAACAUAGUUCAGUACAUUCACAUCAAAAUAGAAAAGAUGAUGACAUUUUGUGCUAAAAAUGUACAUACCAUUUAAAACCUUUUUUAAAAACAACUUAAUAAUGUAAUAAAGAUUCAUGAAUUAUGAAAGCAAGCCAAGGACUUGCUCUCAAGUCUGUUACAAAAUAUAGUUUAUGUAGCUUUGUAACAUUCCUCAGUGCCUGUCCAUAACUGUGAAGUAUCCAAGCACUUAGGGCCAGAUGCACUGUAAACAUUGCAGGUUUAAACAAAUGGAGUCCUUAAAACGUCAUUUGUGUUGGAGCUGUAGAUUUUAGAAUAGAGCUGACAUUAACAUAUAUAAAUAUAUAUAUUUUGUAAUAUGAGCCAGAAUUCUUUUUCAACAAUUUAAGGCUUUUCCAUAGAGCUUAUUUAUAUCAAUUUUUUUUUUUCAUUUUAAAUGUGUCAGCACUGUAGUGUAAAUAGCUUUAAGAAUUUUUUUAGUGUGAUUUAUAUUGAAAUGUGAGCCACUUAAUAAAGGUUCAUAAUAAAUAUGUUUUCUGUCGGGUGUGCAAAAGACAAACUGAUAAUUCAGUUAAAUCAUUUAUUUAAUCAUGUGUCUGUUGGUGUAUCCAUUUAGAAUGGUAAAGGAGUACAAAUGUACAUAUUCAAAUCUAGUGAAUAUUUAAAUCCCCACAUUGUAUAAGCAUUUUUUAAACCAAGAUUCAGUUAUGAAAGCAUAUUUAUAUGUGUGUGUAUGUAUGGGAAUAUAUAUAUAUAUAUAUAUCAUUUUAAUAACUUCUUAAAUUGCUGAAUAAGAUGAAUAUGUGAAACUUUGUAGCCCUACUCCCAGGAAUUCAUUUUAAAAUAUUUAUAUUCAACAUUAAGAAAGCAGUUUAGGUAACAGAAGUAAUUUUGUAAAGUUAGGCAAAACAAGUCUGUUAGUGAUAUCUAACCCUUCUAAUUAAUGAAGUUUUGUGGCCAGAUUACAUAACCCUAACAUAAAUUUUAUUUGUAGUAUAUGGAAUGAUGCGUUGAGAUGAUUUUCUUAUUAAUAGGCGCCUUUGCUAUAACUAACAAUAGUUGAGUAAAAAAUAUUUACAGAAAGUUUAAUUGUGGCAGUUGAAAUCCUUUUACAUUUUUCUUGCAAAGCAGGUAGAAAAUAUGGCAAAUAUAAAAUCUUAAAAUAAGGACACGACUCAUACAGAGAUGUAACUAACAAAAUCUGUUCUCUCUUCUUUCUAAGGAUCCCUCUGCCUACCUUAUCAAGGUAAAUAACUUAGAGUACAGUUGACCCUUGAAUAACGUAGUUUUGAAUUGCACAGGUCAAUUGACAAAAUUCUGUGUGUAAGUGGAUCCAUGCAGUUCAAACUUUUGUUCAAGGGUCAACUGCAUUUCUUUUUCAAAAGAAGUUCUAAAAAGUAAAAUUGUGGUAGGAAACAGGAUUGCCAGUGCCUAGCUAAAGAUUAUUAAAGCAAUUGUCUACUGUGAUGGAUUUCAGCAACUCUGCUUAUUACAAAUCUAUUUUAUUUGUCUUUGUUAUUUUCCUGGGCUUAUACUUUGGUUGAUGAGUUUCAACUGGGGUUCUUCGUGCUGCCAUUUGGGCUAGAGUUGCUAUUCUCAUUUUAGUGCUUUUUGCCCCAGCCUCAUUUGUGAUACCCAUAAAACUGUUUAUUUUUCUGGUUAGAAAGAAGCCAUUUAGAAAGAGGGAUUUCAUCAGAAAAAUAUAAACAUAGCAAUUAUAUCAUUUCUGGCCCCUAGUUGAAAAGAGUAGGCAAAUAUUGUUGGAAAACUCAAUGGUUUGUGGGAAAUCAAUAUAUUUACAACAUAGGAAUUUUCAUGGAAUAAGGAAGGUAUAAAUCAUGAUAAUGUAAAUAAGGACUUAUAUAUCUUUCUGUCUUAUCCUACCCCUCACUUUAUUCUUCUCUUCAAGCUAAAUUUAUGUAUUUGCACCCACCAUUUUGGAAGACAAAAGUUCAUAACAAACCAGUAUUGAGAAAUAGGGUUAUUUUUCUGGUUUUAAUUGAAGGGUAAUAUAUUUAACAGGAUUUUAAAUUCCAAUUUUCCAGAAGCAUACACAUAGAUAUAUAAGAUUAUACUGUAAUGAAAUAUCUUGGGUAUCCCUCAAAAUAUAUGAGCCUUAAUUAAAUAUUUAUUUUUUUAAAAUAUACAUUUGAUUUCAGAGAGGAAGGGUUAGGGAGAUAGAUAUCAGUGAUGAUAGAGAAUUACUGAUUGGCUGACUCCUAUAUACCUCCUACUGGGGAUCUAGCCAGCAACUCGGGCAUGUACCCUGCCCAAGAGUCAGACAGACCUCCUAGUUCAUAAGUCAACGCUCAACCACUGACCUACACUGGCUGGGCCUUAAUGAAACUUUUAAUUUAAAGAUAUAUAUAACAAAACAGUGGUUUCCUUUUGUUUCCUAUACAGCCUAAAGUCAAACUUCUCCAUCUUUUGAAAACGUUUUGUAAAAUACCUACAUCUCUGUGGACGUGAAAUAUAAAUCAGUUUCAAAUUCAGAUUUCACAAUAUAGCCUUGUUACAUUGAAUAAUGCUUAAAGUUCCUUGUCCUAUGGUUUAUGAUUUUAAAAUCCUCUUCAGAUUUAAUCUGAGAAUUUUUUGACUACUUUUGUUACAACAAUUUCUAUUUCAAUAUUGCAGUAUAUCGAUGGUUUCCUAGUUAGUACAUUCCAAUUCUUUAUCUGAAAACACGUUUUUUUGCUGUAACUUCAAAUUUCUUGGACCAGAACAAUAACACAUUUAAGAUACAUCUUCUAUAUGAUCUUAUAUAGAAUAAACAGUUAUGUAAAUUAUUAAAUUGAUACAUAGACUGUCAGAAAAAAGCCAAAGUACCUCAGUGGUAUCUAUGACAGUGUUUUUUUUAAAAAAAUCACUUUUGUUUACACCCUUUUAACUAAGUAAUACAUAUUCCAUACUCAGGUUAGCUGGUUAGCUAGCGAAAGAAUUAAGCAUUUGUGAUAAUUGAAAACUUUACAAAAGCCAUAUUCAUGAUCUUUCUUUCACUAGGGCUGUUGACCUUCAAUAAAGAUUAGGUUAAUCUAGCACAUUCUAUGUAUGUGUGUGCAUGUGUGUAAGAUUAUUGGAAAUACUUAUGUUUGCUUCCACAUAUAUUCAUUUUUAGUUCACUCUAUAACUUUGGGUGGUGGAUCUUGGAAGGUAGGAAAUAUUUUAUUUCUUGGGUUAAAUCUUCAAAGUAUUUCAUUAGUAUUCCCAAGUGUAACAGUUUUUUCCCCCUCAAACACACAUGGCAGGUGAGAUCAUUUUUGUAAAUAAUAGGUUAGCACUAGUUUGGUAAAUUGCAUUCAGUUUUUUUUUUUUUUUUUUUUUUUUUUUUUUUACAAGUUAAUUGUCAUAUAAUGCGAGUAACUCAAAAUUCAUUUUACAUUUAGCAAAGGCGCAAGGUUAAUUUUUGGAGUUUGAGAGGAUUUUCCUUGUCUUCUACCUUUCAAUAAAUAUUAAAAUUGAUAACCAUAA